AUGGUGUAUGGAAGAAACAUUUCUAGUCAAGAGUUUGGAGGAAUGUAUUGUGUAGUUUUAACUGUGAGGUCUAUUGUUGUAUCAGCUGGUCUUCUUAGGAUAUUUGUUGGUGGUGUGGAUACCUCUGCAACUGAGACAAAAGGAACAGUUCUAAUUCAUAGUGCUGACCAGCUAGAAAAUUAUGCGAAAACUGAAGAAGCUAAAGUUGAGGAGCUUAUAAAGGCAGUUGCUGAUUCCGGUGCCAAAGUAAUUGUUAGUGGAGCAGCAGUUGGGGAGAUGGCACUUCAUUUCUUUAAAGCUUAGCAAGCCAAACCCAGAUGACCUGGGACAUGUUGAUUCAGUUUCAGUAGAAGAAAUUGGUGGUGCUAGGGUACAUAAAUAUUUUGUGGAUCAGGAAACGAUAGCAAUUGCGAUAUAAGUAUCCGGGUGUGACUCGAACUUCAGACUUUGUGUGAGCAAACCAAAGGCUGAUUGUUUGAGCUACCACCCUUAGGUA